AGUGAAGACUGGAACUCCUAGAGAGAGGUGCAUAGUUACAGUUUGUGACAGACAGAGAAGUGAUGGCUGCGUUUAAGUUGGAUUUCCUCCCAGAGAUGAUGGUGGACCAUUGCUCCUUGAAUGCUAGCCCUGUCUCAAAGAAAAUGAAUGGCACACUGGAUCAUCCAGACCAACCUGACCUAGAUGCCAUCAAGAUGUUUGUGGGUCAGGUCCCACGGAGCUGGUGUGAGAAGGAUCUAAGAGAACUCUUUGAACAGUAUGGUGCUGUCUACGAAAUCAAUGUUCUACGGGACAGGAGCCAAAAUCCUCCUCAGAGCAAAGGGUGCUGUUUUGUUACAUUUUAUACCCGUAAAGCUGCACUAGAAGCACAGAAUGCUCUUCAUAACAUGAAGAUUCUCCCAGGGAUGCACCAUCCUAUUCAGAUGAAACCAGCUGACAGUGAAAAAAAUAAUGCAGUAGAAGAUAGGAAGCUCUUUAUUGGAAUGAUAUCUAAGAAGUGCAAUGAAAAUGACAUUCGGGUGAUGUUCUCAUCCUUUGGGCAAAUUGAAGAAUGCAGGAUACUAAGAGGCCCAGAUGGCUUGAGCCGAGGUUGUGCAUUUGUGACUUUUACAACAAGAGCCAUGGCACAAACAGCAAUCAAAGCAAUGCACCAAGCACAGACUAUGGAGGGUUGCUCUUCUCCCAUUGUGGUUAAAUUUGCAGACACUCAGAAAGACAAAGAGCAGAAACGAAUUGCUCAGCAGCUCCAACAGCAGAUGCAGCAGAUCAGCGCUGCUUCCGUAUGGGGAAACCUGGCUAGUCUGAACACACUUGGACCCCAGUACUUAGCACUUUAUUUGCAGCUCCUUCAGCAGACAGCAGCCGCCUCAUCUGGGAACCUGAAUACAUUGGGCAGCCUCCACCCAAUGGGAGGGUUGAACGCGAUGCAGUUACAGAACCUGGCUGCACUAGCAGCUGCAGCCAGCGCAGCUCAGAACACACCAAGUGGCACCACUGCACUUACUUCUUCCAGCAGUCCCCUAAGUGUGCUCACCAGUUCAGCAGGUUCCUCACCUAGUUCCAGUAGCAGCUCCUCCGUCAAUCCAAUGGCCUCUCUGGGAGCACUGCAGACACUGGCAGGGGCUACAGCAGGCCUCAAUGUUAGCUCUUUAGCAGGGAUGGCAGCCUUAAAUGGUGGACUCGGCAGCGGUGGCCUUUCAAAUGGCACAGGUAGCACGAUGGAGGCCCUCACUCAAGCCUACUCCGGGAUCCAGCAGUAUGCGGCCGCCGCUUUGCCCACACUCUAUAACCAGAGUCUGUUAACGCAGCAGAGUAUUGGUGCAGCAGGAAGUCAAAAAGAAGGUCCAGAGGGAGCCAAUCUGUUCAUCUACCAUCUCCCCCAGGAAUUUGGGGACCAGGACCUGCUCCAGAUGUUCAUGCCAUUUGGAAAUGUCGUCUCUGCCAAGGUCUUCAUUGACAAGCAGACCAAUCUAAGCAAGUGUUUUGGUUUUGUAAGUUAUGACAAUCCUGUCUCUGCGCAGGCUGCCAUCCAGUCAAUGAACGGCUUUCAGAUUGGCAUGAAACGUCUGAAAGUGCAGCUCAAGCGCUCUAAGAAUGAUAGCAAGCCAUACUGAGCGCCCCUCCCCUCUGGGACUGGAGUGAGAAGGAUCUUUUGAUUCCUGCCGUUUGUUCAUCGUUGUGCCUAAAGCAUGUCGAUGUGGCGUUCAAGUACAUCGUCCAAAUCCUUGUCUCUUCAGCUUCUCUGAUGCUUGAACUCUCACCUUUGACCUUGUGUUGACCUUUGAUGCUGAUGUGUAUUUUUAUUAUGUUUGUUUCUUUCUUUGUGGGUUUUUUUUUUUGUGCUGCCAAAUUGGUUGUGCUAGAAAGACUGCUGAAGGGGAAUAUUUAAACUUGCAUUUGAAUAUAAAAAUUCUAUUUUUCUAGAACUUCGUAAGAUAACCACUUGAUUUUGUGAUUCUGAUUCUUUGUAAUUGUCUUCAGAGCAGCCUUGCUAGCAUACCUCGUGGGGUAUUUGUAUUUCUGUGAACAUAAAGCCAAUCACUUUUUAGGCUUAAUUUUUUAUUUUAUUUUUUUCCUGUGUGCAUAGUUUUAAAAAAAACAUUUUGAAGAAAAAAAAAGUUAAAUGGUGUGACUCAAUCUUUCAAGAGACUCCUAGUCACAUUUUGCUGAUCUGGUUUCUGUGCUUGAGGAGACGGCAUGUAUUUUUUGAGUUCAAACUCCGACUUUAGUGGCAUCAGCAGAAAACACUUGAAUUACAUUUUCUCUUGAUUGUAGCUGCAUUUUUUGCCUUGGCACUUACUGUUUUUUCCUUUUCUGUGUGGUUAUCAACCUCUGUCUGCAGUGAAAAUUUGAUCAAAGUUGAUGUUGUGUUUUGUUAAACCCUAGCAUGCUUGGUUUUUUGUAAUCACAAUCUCCUCAGCAAAAUGUGAUGUUUUUGUUUUAUUCUAUCAAACUCAGAUAGUGCCCAGAAAAUGUUUUGCAUGUUUCCUGCUGUUUUCUUCACACCCUCGUAUAUAUCACCUUCACCUCUCUGUUUUCUAUAGUUCGUGCAAAAACUGAGCAAUUUAAUGGGUUUCAAAGGUAUCCUUUUAAAUUGGUAUGUUUUUUGGUGUGACAAAUUCUUAUCAAAUGCCAUCUGUGGGCAUCUGCCUGUGCACUUAGACUGUCUGCCUGACAGCAUCUGGUCCUUGUUCCACCUCCAGAGCUGCAGGAGGCUCGAAGGGGUUUGGAUGCAUUCUUUCAAGUAGGUGUUUUGGUAGGAUGGGAAUCUUUGCAGCAAUUCUGCUUCUAAAAUUCUAGCGAAAUUAGUGCUCCCUUGGGGCGCUCUCUACUGGUAUUUUAUCGUGCAUAAUUUGGGGCUUCAUUUUUUGUAGAGUUCAGCCCUAGUUUAACCUUUGUCAGUCAGACCCUAGUGGAGGGAGGCUCAAAGGCUCUGGAAGUAGAAUAUUUGGAAUAUCCCAGAGAAGGAGUCUGUAAACCUGGUCUCUCAACUGCUGGCUCUUUCCCCAAGUGAGAAGCACAAUACAACAGCCUCCCAAGCUGUUACGUGAACAGGGUACCAACCUCAGCUCCUCUUCUUAAGGGCCUUAGCUGGGGAAUCUCUACGGAGAUUUUUUAGUUUUUGUUUAGUUUUUAAUUGGGUAAUGAGCCAAGCAGUUUUAGUUCCUGCCCCGUGGAAGGAGUAGAACAGGUUACCAUUCUCUGGGCAGCAGGCUUCCCCUUACCCUACCUACCUCCUGCUACAAGGCUGCAUGGCUAGUAACUGAGACUAGUUUUUGAAUGAAGGCACCUGCAAGAUUGUGUGCCGUGGUGAAACAAAUUGCUGGGAAAGGUGAGCUGGUGAAGGAACCCCAGGGGGGAAAGAGAGUAUGAGAUGAAAUCCCAAGGGAAACGGUAUGGUGAGAAUAUGAGACUGAUCUUCAAGCCGGGUAGAAGUAUUACCUUUGUCCUUUGUUUUGGGAUGGUGAAGAGUGACAGUGUUUAUUCUUUCCUACCCCUAAAUUGGCUGGUGAUUUAUAGUCUCAGUAAAAGGUUGGCUGGAUUGGCAUAGACAGUCCUUGCUCUGUCUUGUAAUCAGCUUUUUUUGGGGGUGUGACAUAUAGUUCUGGGAGCUGUGGGGCUGGGGCUGGAUGAGGAGAGGAUGGAGACUCAUUUGGGGGUAGGGUUGUGGGAUGGCUGCUGUUAGCCCCACAGUCUGAAUGCACAGGGCCAUCUGUCAGCAGGGGGCACUGAUACCCUGUAAUGUAUUGAGUAACUUUUGCCAAUACAUUUCUGUACAAUGCGCAUGUAGUUCCAUGAGGAACUUUGGGAAACCUGUGGAAAAAUCUCUGGACAAAACCAAAAUGCCAAACUUUGGAUGUUUCUUUCCUUUCUUCUUUCCUUUCCUUCCUUUGAUUGUUUUAAUUGUUCUGUGGUGGUUUUAAUGGAUUUGAGACAGUGGAGCAGCAGCUGCCUUUCUGAUUUUUGGCUGCUUUUUGUGAAUAAUUUAAAAAAAAUUUACAUUUUGGAGACAAACCUGUGGGCUUUUUUAUUGGUACAAACAUUGUAUUUAACACUAGGGGUUUUGUACAGUUUUUUGCCUUUUCUACUAGAAAACAAUGUAAAGUGAUUCACAAUGUGAUGAGAAAACAAAUUGCCACUAUGACCAAAUGUAGAGUCUGUUCUGCAGUAACGGGAUUUAAUCAACUCAAAGUCGUGAUUCAGUCGUAGAAAUGCUUUUCUUUACCUUGUUUGAGCUGUUCCUUUUUUCUUGUUUUGAUUUGCAAAACAAAAUGUCUUUUGUGUGGAAUUGUGUUGUACUCUGUAGAAAAUUAUGGAUUUUACUUUAAUGGUUUAAAAAGUAGAGGAGCACAUGUUGCUUUUCUUACCUGAUCGCAGAGUUUGUGUAGUGGAUUUAAAAAAUGAAAGGAUUUGUUACAAGUUUGGAACGAGCGAGUAUGUGUUUAAAGGAAUUUUCUUCCUUUGUGUGUAUUUUUUUUUUCUUUUUGUCCCAAAGGGGAACUUAAAGCUGUUUUAAUUGCACAGAUACACCGACAACAAGUCAUUUUGUAUAUGCCAAGUGUGGUACCUUCCUUUGUUUAUUUGCUAUUAAACUGUUUGAGAAGAGUC